AUGGCCAACAUCAAGCCCCCGAUUGCUUUGCACGCCGCCUGGAUAGUAGGUUUCAUUUGCAGUGCUUUCGGUGGCCGACCUGGGAUGGUCAACGGUGCGACUGGCGCUUUCGCGGCUAUUAUUGGCACCUUCAUCCCGCCGGCUGGAACGGGCAACAAUGGCGAGGGAGUGGAGCUGCUCUUCCCCUCAGUGAUGCUUGCCGGGCUCCUCAUGGUGGUUGUAUCCGUGACAAAGCUCUCUCGCUUCAUCACACUGCUGCCGUCACCAGUCAUGCUGGGCUUCUGCAACGGCCUGGCCAUCGUCAUCGGCUUGUCCCAGCUGCAUCCGUUUGAGGACCCUGUGACCCACCACUGGAAGGAGGGGCCGGAGAUGAUUUGGAUGCUGGUUAUCUGCUUCUCCAGCAUGAUUGUCAUGGAGUUCCUGCCCAAGAUACCGUUGAAGAUCUUCAAAGUCAUCCCUUCGUCGCUGUUGGCGAUCAUCACGGCCAUCGUGAUCGAGUUCGCAAUCGUGCGAAGCACCGGCUCGAGAACAGCCACCAUUCGUGACGUCAGCGAGUUCACGCUCGACACCGCUUUUCCAAUUCCUUUCUUUGUCAGCACGGACGCCGUGAGCUACAACCUGAGCAGCAUCUUAACAGGUGAUGGCAUUUCCAAGAUCAUUAUCCAGGGGAUCUUCUUGUGCCUCGUGGGCUCUAUCGAGUCACUGAUGACAGCCGAGGUCGUUGAGUCCUUCACCAAGGAGCCCGGGAAUGGUGACCGCACCGUUAUGGCCAUGGGGGCGGCCAACGUGCUCAGCGGCUUCCUGGGUGGCAUGGGCGGCAAUGCUAUGAUCGGCUUGUCAACGGUGAAUUGCCUCAACGGCGGCAAGGGCCGGCUGGGUCCAUGCGUCACAGCUCUGGGCAUCAUGGCCUGCGUGAUGGGUGCAUAUCCGCUUCUCAACUUCAUCCCCGUGGCCGCCCUCGCAGGCAUCAUGCUUGUCGUGGUUCUGCACACCUUCAAGUGGUUUACCAUCCCGAUGAUCCUGGCCGCAUUCCUCCCCAAGAGCAUGCGCGAGAAGCUGGGCCUGCAGCGAAAGGUGCCGCGGAUAGAUGCCAUGGUCAUCAUCGUGGUGACGAUCUUGUGCAAGUGGCCUGCAGGCACCAAUAUCGCCGUGGCUGUGGGUGUGGGGGUGGCCAUUUGCUCGGUGUCCUAUGCAUGGACAUCCGCAGACACGUUCGAAGUCAUCGUGUCUGAGAAGGAAGAUUUGAAGCAGUACUUCAUUCACGGGCCUUUCUUUUUCACCUCUGCCAAUCGCUUCCUGAAGAUUUUGAAUGCGGAUGAGGACCCGGAGAAGGUUGAAGUCGUCUUCUCCGAAGCCACAUCCUUGUUCGACUACUCGGCUAUGCAGGCCAUGAACAAGGUCAGCGCUGAGUACAAGUCCAAGGGUAAACAGAUCGUCUUCAAGUCCCUGUGCUCGAAGAGCACCAAACUUAUCAACAAGGCCUCGCACUUGAUGUCCGAGACGGAGUACACGGAGCGAGAUAUGGAGGUGGCUGACCUGCACGGCGUGGAGUGGGGUGGCGGCGAUCUGCCUGAGGGGGGUGAGCUCGGGCAUGCACUUUCCAGGUACGGGCUGCCGAGCCUGCAGCAGCAGCCUGGCUCCCGCAACGGAACGAAAGACUCGGCGCAAGUCGUGAGCGCGAACGACCUGACAGUGGUCGUGGGCAACGUGAACGAGGCCGCUGACAUUCUCAAGGAGCCGGCUCGGUCGCCCUCCAGGUCCAGACGCACGCCUGGCUGCAUCGUCAUAUGCCCUUGCAGCUCUCCCAUCUGA